UGACCACAACAAAUAAUGAUAACGCGAUCGGUUCCUCAAAAGUUAUAAUAAUAUUCUUUCUAAAAAACACUGAUAUUUGCCCAGCGCUAUGUCCCAUAAGCCAGAAAUAUCUCCAGCGGAACAGGAGGCUCGUGCUAAGCUACGGGAGAAGUUUCUUCAAGGGAUCAGUGAGCUGCGUGGACAAAACUGCACAAUCCUUACAUAUGAGCAAACAGAGCUCAAUGCAACAUUCUGGGGAUGGCAGCCAGAUGGCACUGAAAUGCUGGUCCGGGACUUAAAGACACCAGCCAGUACCAUUCCUUCUGCACGUCUGAGGACUCCGGAUGUGUUAGCGAUACAUUUUGAAACAGAUAUAGAACUACCUUAGUUU